AUGGUGAGAGAGCCACAAGAGUAUGAUAACGGGGUGUAUCGGUAUGAUACCCCUCAUGGAACAUGGCGUUCGAGCGAGUCAAGACUUGCCAUUGGCCCCUUCGGUCCUGAACGAGUCCGUGAGGCUAGCCCGGGACGUCCUGUUAGGGCUAACGACUCCCCUUCUCGUACGGUCUAUCGAGGGUCCGAUCCCGGCCGGGCUAUUGAAUACGUUCGGCGAGGAAUUCCAGACCCUAUUGUGACUCGAAAUCCAGGUGACUUUCACCGACAACCGCAAAAUGCAGCGUAUUUCACAUUUAGUGAAGACUACGCAGAUCGAUGCGCACGAAAUCGCAAUUCCGGUGGCAUGGUUAUUCAACAAAGAGUUCCUUCCCAAAUACUGGACAGGGGCUAUAAUUAUCCUGAAGCCCCAGGGUCUGACUGGCGCAGUACCAUUUACCACAACAGGGCCCUGGACCCUACUCCUCGACACCCCUCUGCUGUCGGUGAAUCUCGACGUAGAGACAUCACCAUCGGUCCGACUGCAGAGGUGGAUACAAACCCGUUGUUGCGUAGAGUACGCAAUAAUCCCUCAGGGCCCAGAUAUGAGGCCGCAUUCAGCCCCGCUAUGGAGGAUUCAUCAUCUGACGACUCCGAUAUUGACGAGCAUCGAAGAGGACGAAGAUACGUCCAGCAAAUUCGGUUUCAAGAUCAAGCACUUGAUGAGUUGGCCAGUUUACCGAGACACGCAAGGCCUAACCUUGAGAAUCCAAUCUUUCUCAUAUCUAUCUGA